CUUCUCGUUCUAUAAAAACCCCGCGAAAUGCGCGGUUUCAGAGUUCGUUCGCUCGUGUCGCCAUGGAAGGGGUUCAGGUGGAAGAGCUAACCUCCGGUGCGAGCGGGCGAAUUAUACCAGUUUUCAGGGAUCUUCGAAGAACUGUGCUUUCAUGGAGGUCCCUCAGGCGUGUUUUCAUCUUCAUUCAGUCCAUUUUUCUGUGGUUUCUUCUGCUCUUGCGUCGAAAUCGCGUCUCUUCGUCGUCAUCCUCCUCCUCUUCUUCGUCUUCUUCCAAAUCGUCGAGGCGAAUAUCGGUUUUUAGGAGAGAUGAAGAGGACGCUUUAAGGCGGAGAGCGUUGGCUGAGAAAUUGGUUAUGUUUUCCGGAACGGAAGAGGAAAAUGUUUGCCAUUGGAGUACGUCGGUGUUCCAUGGAACCAGAAGCAACGAUUUAUUCUUUCGGUCAUGGUUUCCUGUCUCUGGGGAAAUGAAGGGCAUCGUGAUCAUUAUACAUGGGCUUAAUGAGCAUGGUGGAAGAUAUGCUCAUUUUGCAAGGCAACUUACUUCAAGAAAAUUUGGAGUCUAUGCAAUGGAUUGGAUAGGACAUGGUGGAAGCGAUGGAUUGCAUGGAUAUGUACCUUCACUUGAUCAUGUUGUUGAUGACACUGGUGCUUUCUUGGAGAAAAUUAGAGCGGAGAAUCCUGGAGUACCAUGUUUUCUUUUUGGUCAUUCAACUGGCGGAGCUAUUGUUUUAAAGGCAGCUUCAUAUCCUCACGUUGAAAACAUGCUAGAGGGAAUUAUACUGACUUCUCCAGCUUUGCGUGUCAAACCAGCACAUCCAAUUGUUGGGGCUAUAGCUCCUAUAUUUUCUCUUGUGGCUCCCAAGUUUCAAUUCAAAGGUGCCAACAAGAGAGGUAUUCCAGUUUCACGGGAUCCUGCUGCUAUGGUAGCCAAGUACACAGACCCACUGGUCUACACUGGACCCAUUAGGGUUCGAACAGGCCAUGAAAUCCUUCGCAUCUCCUCUUACUUGAUGCAGAAUAUAAAAUCUGUCACAGUCCCAUUCCUGGUCCUCCAUGGAACAGCUGAUAAGGUGACUGAUCCCCUUGCCUCACAGGACUUGUAUAACAAUGCAGCAUCAAAGUUCAAAGACAUUAAGCUCUAUGAUGGCUUCUUACAUGACCUUCUAUUUGAGCCGGAGCGUGAAGAGAUAACGGGAGAUAUCAUCAAUUGGAUGGAGAAGAAGUUACAAGCACGACCAAAUCUGGGAAAGGUCAAGUAUUGGUGAAUAUCACAAAAUGAAAUUUCUAUUUACCCAUUGCUUGGGAGGAUGAUUUGCACUGAAAAAUGAAGUCAAAUUCAUCUGACCCAUAGCAUUUAAACCACGAUAUAGGAAUUGAAGCUUGUAUAUAUUACUAAAUAUUAUUUAUGCUAGCUUUUUGCUUAGUUAAAUGAAAUUCACCUUUUUGCUUAUUGUUUAA